AUGCAUCCUUAUACAAAGAAGCGCUUAAGACAAGAGUUCUUUGAUAUGCGCUGCUGUUCUUUGAAAAGAUCAGACAUUGAGAAACACUAUCAGCGCAUGACUCAACGUUAUUAUCUGCUUAAUGGUUACAAUGAUGUCAACCUCCGGCAUACCUAUAUUGCCUCCCUGCCAGAAGCAUUGCAACCGGAACUCCAUAGAAGUAUUGCUGCUACCAGAAGAGCGAUGAAUGCUAUCACCAUAGGAGAAAUCCAUCAAAUGACUCUGGCUUGUCUGGAUAAAAUGUGCGAACAACAAAAGCUGUUCAAAGAUAUCAUUGACAAUAGCAAAGCUUUGAAGAAUGUAUGCCAGAAGUCUCACCUUGCCAUUAAAUGCAAGGAAAAGAAUUGUGAAUGCAAGACAAAGAAGAAAGCACAUUACAAGAAGCAUCCUCUGGUUCAAACCCCUUUCAAGCGUAAGAAAGGAAGAAGGUCAAUGAUACUUUCAAAGAAAAGAACGGGUACAAAGAAGUCUGAAAGGUGUUAUAUCUGUGGCAAUCGAGGUCAUUAUGCCAAGAACUGCCCAAGAAACCCUAACAAGGCAGUUAAGCUAUUACAACACAUACAGCAGGCCUCUCACAUCUCCCUGGAACAUGAUGAUGUUGAAUCCUCGUUCUCUCAACAGAUGAGCUCGAUGAAGACACGCUUUGCCCUUGGAGUAGACAUCGGAUCGUAA